CAGUACAGUGCUGUGGACACCAAUCCGAUCUCUCUGUAUGUCAUGCAUCCAUUCUGGAACACUAUCGUAAAGGUAUUUCCUACUUGGCUGGCUCCAAAUCUGAUCACCUUUUCUGGCUUUCUGAUGGUUGUAUUCAAUUUUCUACUGUUGACAUACUUUGAUCCUGACUUUUAUGCUUCAGCACCAGGUCACAAGCACGUCCCCGAUUGGGUGUGGAUUGUGGUGGGCAUCCUCAACUUCUUAGCCUACACUCUCGAUGGUGUGGACGGGAAGCAAGCCCGUCGAACCAACUCCAGCACCCCCUUAGGGGAGCUCUUUGACCAUGGCCUGGACAGUUGGGCCUGCGUUUACUUUGUGGUCACUGUGUAUUCCAUCUUUGGACGAGGGCCAACCGGUGUCAGUGUGUUCGUCCUUUACAUCCUGCUGUGGGUAGUCUUGUUUUCCUUCAUCCUGUCGCACUGGGAAAAGUACAACACAGGCAUUCUUUUCCUGCCGUGGGGAUACGACCUUAGCCAGGUGACUAUCUCUUUUGUCUACAUAGUGACUGCGAUUGUGGGAGUUGAGGCCUGGUAUGAGCCUUUCCUGUUUAAUUUCUUAUAUAGAGACCUAUUCACUACAAUGAUUAUUGGUUGUGCAUUAUGUUUAACCGUUCCGAUGAGUUUAUUAAACUUUUUCAGAAGCUAUAGAAAUAACACCUUGAAACACAAUUCGGUCUAUGAAGCUAUGGUCCCCUUCUUUUCUCCAUGUUUGCUCUUCAUUUUAUCUACAGCAUGGAUCCUCGGGUCACCGUCAGCUAUUUUAGAAAUGCAUCCUAGAGUCUUCUACUUUAUGGUUGGAACAGCUUUUGCCAACAUCACUGUGAGCAUUUUUCUCUUGGUGGGGGUAGGGUGGAGAGCAUACAAAUGUACACAGUAAAAGGUACACCAGUUGGACCCUCUCUUCAUGGGCACUUGCGUGAUCAUGGUUGCGUUCAUGAAGUUGUGCAGCCACACUGUGCCACCCUUCCUACUGUGCUUCCCAGACACACCCAGGAACACAGACUCAUUGCCCCUCUUGCUUCUGAUCUGUUCAUUCAUGUCACUUUGAUCCCAGAGUGAUGGCAAUCAUUCCAUAAAAGAGCACAAGACUCAAGACGAACUUCCUUUACUAAUUAAGCUCAAACUGUUAUUUGCUUUAAGGAUGACUUCAGGGGGAACUUAAUGAGCCCUGGUUGCCUAAUGGGUUAAGUAUUAGACUGCUCACUGCCAGGUUAGCAGUUCGAAACCACAAGCUGCCCCUCGGGAGAAAGAGGAGGCUUUCAACUCCUGUAAAGAGUUACAGACUCAGAAACCCACAGGGGCAGUUCUACCCUGUCCUGUAGGGUUGCUGUGAGCCAGAUUGGCUCGAUGAUAGUGAGCUUAGUUUUGAAUUUCAGGGGAUCAUUUCAAUGCAAGGUAUGAACUUUAAAGAUUACAUCAGGGCAAUAGUUUGAGAAGGACUUUUCCUAGCCUCAGUGGAUCCAGAAAGUCCAGAUUCCAUAAAAAUAUGAAAUUGUGUUAGCUGUGUUUAACCUUUCAAUCAGGAUUCUCUACAGAGCCUGAUGAAAACGUUUAGGAACAGUCCCAUGCCAUUCGUCUGCUUUCCUGGCAAAGGAGGUAGUUGUGCCAGGAGGCGAUUCGACUCAAGAUCUAGCUCCUCCUCCAGCUCCUGGCUCUUUUCCUCUGCUGCUCCAGGGAAUAGCCAGUCACCAGUGGUCUACUCUGAUGCUACGUAAAAGCUUUUAAGACCCACGCACUACUCAACGAGCAGAAGCACCGAGAACAUCGAUGGACUGCAGUUUCCCAGGAGGUCGUGCAGCCUCAGCCUCUGAGCCAAGUGAACAAAUGCAUGAGCUGGCUGGUUGUGCACAACAUGCAUUUGUUUAAUCAAAGAAUCGAAUGUAGACUUUAUAAUAAAGGAGACAUUUUUUGUAAAGCCCUUUUCAGGCUAUAGCCUAGCAAAAGUCCAGGGAGGAAGGAGGAGAGGGAGUUGUCCAAGAAAGACCUAGCUAGGUCAGCCCGCGAGAAGGCUUGUCCUCUGGGCCCUUAAUGGAAACCAAACUCGCUGCCAUUGAGUGGAUUCCAACUCAUAGUGACUGUGUGUGAAGCGGGGGCCACAGGGAGUUGGUGGUUUGAACGUAGCUUGAGCUUCUGGGUUCCCUCUGUAGAGUGGGUUUCACAACCCAAGGCCGGCUGACUUCACAGGGUUUGACAUCUAAUGGCAUUAAUGCCUUGUAUCAAAAGGCGCUCUGAAAACACAAAGCCACGUUUGAGUUGGCCGUUGAAGGGAAAGGAAACUAGAGGGGUUCUGAGGUGUUGCUCAGGAAUGUGACUGAAUUGGAUGGAGCACAUCUUUAUGACUGCUGUAAGAAAUUUGGUUGUUUGGCAGUGUGGGGAAGCCUGGAAUUUAACUGCCCCCGCCCCCAAAUAUCAUAGAAUUGUAACAUUAGAAGAAAUAUAUUUUACCCAAACUGUUACCCUUUGUAAAUUCUUUACACACACACACACACACACACACACACACACAC